UUUUUGUACGGUACAUUUUAAGCAAUUUGCACAAGGAACUACACGCCUCCAAUAUCACCUUGUUGCUGGUGUGAAGUCGUGCAUUGUCCGCUUUUCCAGACUGAAGCAGAGGAGUCGAAACCAGGCGCUUUUAAAAUCAUCUGAAGGGCAGUUAUUGUGUUAUCCCUGGGUUCAGUGUGUGAAUCCAGCGAGCUUAUCAAGCAGCAACAGAUCAUUGGGUAAAAUUGGCAAUGAAACCUGAUGGGGUGGCCAUAGCACCAUCUGAACCAAUGGAAGCCGAAGGAACAGAACCCAUAAUCGAACUAAACGAGAAUAAUGGGGCAUCUCAAAAUGGCACUACACCAUCACCCCCACAACCCGAUGCACCCCAAAAUGAGCAAACAGUUCCUCCAACUGUAAAGGAAGCUUCUGAAAAAGCAGUAGAUGCUAAAAGCAAAUGCAAAGGGCCAGUCAAAGGCAAGAUUGGUGCAGGUACAGCUACGACUGGACCUGGCACACGACCCAAAGCAACCCAAAGCCAUGUGGCUAAUGGCCUCACAAAGACUGCAUCGAGUACCACAACAAAGAAACCCAUUCCAGUUAGCGCUGCAGCAGACCAGAAGAAACCCACCACUAACGUUGGACCUUCUGGUUCAAGUAAGAAACCCGUUGGUUCUUCUACUGCCAUUGCAACUUCAAGGGGCCAACCUAAAGCAGCAACCAUUGGAACUAGCAGAUCAACGACAGCUGCCAUAGCUAGCACAGCCACCAGCCUGAGUAAGAGACCUGCCACAGCUGCCAUUAGUGCUUCAACCAAACCCAAAACCACAGCUCCUGUUCCAAGGCCAGCUGCUGCCAAACCCAGCAUUUCAGCCAAAGCCAAAACCACUGCGGCUCCCAAAACUAACAGGGCAACUGGAAUUUCUGCCGCUCAACCAGCUGCUACUUCAGCUACAGGAAGAACAGUAACCGGUACAACAAUGUUGUCUUCUGCUGUUCCUAGAACAAGCCGCACUGCUACACAACAGCCUGUUAAACCCCUGGUUACAGCAUUAGCUGCUCGGAAAGAUGUUGGAAAAACAAACACUACAGCACCAGCAAAAAAAACAGUUGCCUCAACAAUAUCCCGUCCAGCUGCCAGCAAGUCUUCAAAUUCAGUGGCUCCAAAACCAGUUGCCACUACCAAACGACCUCCAACUAGCAUCAAAGCGCCUCAAACCAAACCAGAUGACAAAAAAAGUAUACCAACACAUAAAGUGCCUCCUAGUCCACGAAACAAUCCUUCACGGACCGCAUCAGGCAAGAGCACUGCAGCAUCUUCCGGUCACAAACAAGCAGAGCGCAUAGUUGGUGUGAAGCUUCAGCCACCUAAACCGACACAGUCUGUUUUGCCACUUGUCAAAAGAAAGCCUGAUGAUAAAGGACCUGCAAGAAAACCUGAUGAAAAAUUACCUGCAACAGAUCCUGUACUUCUUUCGACAGCUGCUGUAGCAACAGCUACAGCCACAGCCAGGGAAGAGCCCGUUUCAGAGCCUGAAGCUACUCCAACUGUAGAGAGCUCUCUGGAUGUCCCAACCCCUUCUUUAGAUGUACAGGAAAAGGUUGAUGUGCAGGUCACUAAUGACAGCUCCCAAUGUGUGCUGGAUAAAUCUAACAAUGACCCAGAGGCUCAAGAGGCCUUAUUAGAAGCUGAUCCUGUUGAAGUGGCUUGUCCGACAUUGACUGUAGUCGAGCAGGAACCUGAAGAGCAGGUGUCUGGAAAAGAUGAUGAAAAGCAUAUUGCGGUUGUGGCACCAGUUGCACAGGAAGCAACUGAGCAGGAAACCUUAACUGCUUCACAUAUCGAUAACUCCGCUGCUACCAUAGUGUCCACUGGUGUAGACGUGGCUGUAAAAGCUGAACAGAUUAACAGUGACUGUUAUGAAGAUGUGGAAGAAGAAGAGAGGGAAGGCAGUCAACAAGUGUCUUUGUCAGAAAUGAGUGGCACCCAGCCUACUGAAGAGUCUCGUCCUGGGUCAGCUGGGCUUGCUGGGUCCAUUUGGCGUGCAGGGGCCUUGCUCUCUGAGCUUGACUCUGAGGAUGUGAGUUGCAGUCAGCAGGGAGCAUCAGAGCUAAGUGCUCCUGGCGUUCUGGAGGGCACGGAGAGCAUGGAUGAUCUAGGGGAUGCAAGCCUUAAAGGAGCUGAUGGUGAAGGUGCAUCUGUUGGGUCCCCUGACUUUGAGAAGGUUUCUGAUAUUCUUACUAAUGAAGAUGAUGAUGAUGGUGAUGAUCGAAUCUGUGACAUGGAGGUUGGGUCAGAAAGAGCAGAGGACUCUCAUAGGCAACAUCAUGACAACGAGGAUGAUGAAGAGGAUGAAGAUGUAGAGAUGGCAAGCGAGGGCAUUACUGAGAGUGGGCUUGAAAGUUAUGGGAAUGCAGAUGAAGAUGACUUGACCGAAGACUAUAAAUUAGACAACUUGAACCGAAUCCAGCCUCCACCCAUGGUUCCUUCUGCCCCUCUUGCAACCCAGUGGAACCAGCCUAGUUGCUUUGCUGAUGCCUGGGCCCAGCCACCACAUCCUGCCUCUAAACUUCUUUCAAAUCCUUCCUCUGAAUGUCGGCAAGCAGACCCAGAAACCCCAGCACAGACACCCAUUCAAACAAGAUUUGAUGUUUGCUCGGAAAGGGGCUCUCCAUCAAACCUUUUGAAGUCUCCACCUUGCACACCUCAUCAAGCCCCAAUAUCUGCUGCAGUGGGAAAUGUUAACCCCAAACCAGGCUUGACACCCUCUCAAACCUGCAAGUUUCAGUCUGAGACUUCCAGUGACCCUGACCUAGCAUCUGACAGUAACAGGGACACAAGUAUAGCAGAAGAGGUGAAACACAACAACUUUUCUAGUACUGAGACUCAUUCUGAAGUGGAGCUCCAGCCAGAACCACUACACCCUGCCCCCACUGUUUUGACAGACAUGCAGGAUCUAGGCAUCCACAUUGAACCUGAAACUCUGCAAGCUGAUGAUCUACUGUGUGGUCCAGCAACUGCUUCAUCAUCUCCUUCAUCAGCUACUGAGGAUGAGGCAAGUGGCACAGAAGGUAAAAGGCAGAUCAGUGACCCUCAAACUGAACAAUCUGGCACUGGGAAUGCCUAUGGAACAGCACAUGUGGGACACAACCUGUCAGCUCUAGAGGUAUGUGAAGAAAUGGGUGGAGAGAAUGAAGGUUGUGGUAGUGAGACCCCUCAGUCUGCUACUUCUGCUGCUUCCUAUGGCUUUGACUACAUGACCUCUAACUCCAAUGCCCAGUCAUCUGCCGAGAGUUGCAGCAAGAGUCCUGGCAUCUUUUCUUUAGAAAAUGAAGAGCAGCUCCCAGAUGAGGCCAAGGAUACAUCUCUUCUUAAAGAGUUGACCCUGAUACCUGCUACUGCAUCUGGGGAAAAGAUUGACCCUAUUAAAAGCCAACAUGGAGAGUUCCAGUCUCACCCAGAGCAGCAGUACAUGCUAUGUGGAGAGUCCAGUGAGCUGCCUGAGCCUGAUUCAGUACCGGGAGCUGUACUCUUGGAGUCUGGUUUGAUUAAUUCUUCAUCCCCACAGCACCUGGAAGAGGAACAAGAUCUUGACACUCAGCAUCCCUACUACUCCACUAUAUGUGAAAAGACUGAUAGUCCCCUGGCAGAAAGUAACUCCCACUUUCCACCACAACCAAGUGACUUGCUUUCCAUCCAAAUGACGAUGUCAUCCAAACUUCGUCCCCAGCCACGUGCUAUGUGUGUGACCCAACCACCACGGCUCCCCACUGACCUCCCUCCCAGAACACCAAAUGUGGUGUCAAACACACAGCUCCGAUGUCUAGAGCAACCCCGACAUCACCUUCAUGAGAUCCAGCAACGGCAGGAGAAGCGUAAUCGAGAACAAGCGAGACAAGAAGACACAAAAGUGGAGAAACAAGCAAGGAAUGAGAGGAAGCAGCAGGAGGAAGAACAGAGGAGACAUUUACUUGAGUUGCAACUUAAGCAGCAAGAGCAAGAACUUAAGCAGCGACAGCAGAUCAUGCAGUGGCAACAAGAACUUGAACAACAGCAGCAGCAAAAACACAAGGUCCAUACACCAGUUGUCCUCUCUCCUUCAUCAGGUCUCACCACCAUCUAUGAAACUGUGGAAACGAGUGACUCAGAAGACGAAGUGGAUGAGGGACAAGAAGUGGUUGAGGACGUAGAAGAUAGAAGCUCCUUUAAUGUGUGCCCUGAAAAAGACUUGCAAACAUGCACUGAAGAAAAUUACUCUGCUGAUCGUUAUUCACAAUGCACAACACCUUCCAUGGGGUCCAUUAUUCAGGGUCCACAUCAAGAACUCCAGGAGACAGACCCUGCAGCAGAUCAAGACAGUCCUUCUCCCUUGGGAUCUCCUGAAUGGCCUCUGGAGUUUGACUGGGGCAAGAAGGUGGACAUUGUCCAGCAGCUCAUCAAUCAGACAUUACUGCUUGCAGGUGAUGGUUGCUCGCCCCUUCUUCUGCUACCUGGAGGAGCAGGUGGGACACUCAGCCCCCUCGAAAGCAGCCUGUGGCCCAACUUGUUGCCACCUCUGACACCCCCUUCAGCCACUGUGACGUCUGUAAGCAGCUUCUCACCUGAGGCUUCAGGCAGCUCUGCUCAGGGUGAGUGGACCGUUGUAGAGCUGGAGACACACCACUAAGGAAAGUUGAAUAAAACGCCUGCCAAAUAUGAACUUUUGGUCUCAAAGACUUGAGAUCAAGGUCUAACAGUAGGGAAGCACAUGUUGUAGCAUUAGAGAAUAGAGCAUUCUUUUGAUAAAAUCUUACUUGAGAUGUAGUCAUGGAUAUGACUGGUUCAUCCAUUUUCAUUCUGCAGCAUUUCAGCAAGUGUUGUUUGAGUAGAAAAUUGUGUGAACCUGAUACUGCAUAACAGUGUGCUGGACUAUCACAAUUUUGCUCAUUCUUUGAUUUUUGAGAGUUAUUCUAGUGCUGUGAGCUUUCAUUUUCACUUCCCACCCAUCCAAAAGAAAUGGAACACAAUAGUCCAUGCUUUUAUGCCACUGAUACAGCCUCUCUGCCAAAUUGGUCAGCCAUAUAUGACCUGCCCUCAUGCAAAAAGACCAUUUCCUUAAGGUUUAAUGGAGAUUUCUUGCUGGCUUGAAGUACAUAUAUUUAUCUCUUAGUCAUUGAGCAGGCGCCAAAAUGCCAACUCAAUGAUUGAGCAAGUUAAAACAAAAUGGGUUCCUUUCUCUGACGACUUGGAGCAGAAGAUCUGUGAACAAGAUAAAGACUUGAGAUAAAUUGAAAUGUAGGGUUUAGAAUUCAGAUUAAGCUGGCAUUUUUUUCUUGUGCUAUUCUGAUAACAAAACUACUGUUUGACACAAGAUUUGUAGGAUUAACUACAGAGUGAAGUAGAGUAUGUUGAAGUAAAUUUGCUGUAAAUGUAAAAUGUAGUUGUUCCAAAUUAAAUGUUUAAUUUAAGUGAUAACUGUGAUGACUAUAUAAUAGACAAUAAAAUUUUUUUUUCCAAUCAUACACAGCUAUCCAAAACUUUAAACUGAUUUGG